AUGCGGUUAAACUUCAGCGAGACAGCUACCCCCACCUUGAGUCGCCAGAACACUACAAUACAAGGUAAUCAUCAGCGACGGGGCACACAUCCCCAUCGGCUGUCAUCGCGGCUGAAGCCAAGAAGAAGAUGGCCACUAGUCUUCCGCUUCAUCAAAGGCGCAAUCCACGGUGCAAUAUUAUUUCCCGUCUUCCUGCAUGCCAUGUUCACAGCCUUGAUCGUAUACCUGGAUACCUACGUCUUUGAAACUGUCGGCCUACCCAGCACAAUCAUCCCCUCCCUCUCCAUAGUCGUAGGCCUAAUGCUCGUCUUCCGCAACCAAACCUCCUACAACCGCUUCUGGGACGGCCGCAACGGAAUGAACACAGUCAACACCUGCGUGCGCAAUCUCGUCCGCACAAUCGCAACAAACAGCCACAGCGCCAAGAGCGGACCGCCCACACUCGCCGAGCGCGAAGACAUAGAACGCACAAUCCGAAUCCUCAUGGCAAUUCCCCACGCAGUGAAGAACCAUCUUCGCGCUGAAUGGGGCGCUGCCUGGGAUCUCGGAAAUGCCGUCGAGGAGGAUCUGAAUAUGCAUGAAACAACGCUGUAUAACCCCGAAUAUGCGAAUCUGCUACCAGCUGGACUGGAGGGCCACGAGCAUGAGGGAUUGGGGUUGCCGUUUCAGUUGACUUUCUUGGUUGAUGGGUUUAUUAAGCGGGGUGAGGAGCGAGGGUGGUUUCCCGCGCCUGGGGCUAGUCAGAUGCAGGGGCAGUUGAAUACUUUGACUGAUGCUUAUGGGAAGAUGGAGACGAUUAAAUUGACGCCGAUGCCUGUCCUUGCGCUGUUUGGUUGUGUUUUGCCGUUUGCUAUGGUUGAUGAGAUGGGGUGGUGGGCUGUUCCUGUUGUUAGUCUUGUUAUUUUCACUUUGUAUGGGAUUGAGGGGAUUGGGUCGCAGUUGGAAGAUCCGUUUGGAUAUGACAGGAACGAUAUCAAGAUGGAUGCUAUUGUUGGUGACUUGAAGAUUGAGAUUGAUGUUAUUUUGUCUGAGUGGCGGGCGCAUUCGAAGGCUAUGGAGGCUUUGAGUCAACAACCCGCUGGUGCAGUUCAUGGUAAUUUGUGUUUAUCGGCGGAGAGAAAUGAAGCCGGGAAUGAGGGCGUGAAUGGGAAGUAUAUGCCUCCAGACUUGUUCUUGAGGUUGUGGCCAAAUACUGGCAGUGCCAGGUGA